AUGCCGCCCUCAAAGAAGCCCGCAUCGCCCUCCAAGCAGUCCCACGCCGCUCGCGCAGCCGCCCUCCUGUCCAGGGCCAGGGCACACGCCACCAGCACCUCACCCACCAAGCCUUCGUCGGCCGCUUCGUCGUCUUCAUCUUCUCCUUCCUCGACCUCGUCGUCUGCAGCCGUACCGCUGCCGGACCUGCUCAAACAGCUCACCUCAAAGGGCGGUCUCACCAUGCACGACGCAAUGGCCGUCACCGGAAAGCUCAUCAACGCCCGCUGCAACACCCCGCACGCCCUCUCUCACAUCAGCCUCAUCGCCCUCCAGGACAUGGGCGUCGAAUCCGAGGAGCACCGAAAGAGGACCGUCCUCGCCUUCAAGGGAAAAAAGGCCGCGGGCAUCACCGGCGACGUAGCGGCCGCAUUUGACCCGUCCUCGAACAGCCCUCGCAAGCGCAGGAGGCGCGACGACGACGAUGACGCCCUGUCGCGCGAAUACGGAAACGUCUCCGGCCCCAGCGACAGGCCCAGCGCACGCAACGCUAGACCCGCGCCCGUGUUCGACUACGUCUUCAACGAAGUCCUCGAAGAGAGCAGCCUCCGCGGAAGGUACGCCGUCGUCAACCGCGCACCCGUCAUGACCGCCUGGGCAACCAUCCUCCUCGAGAGACUCGCCUUCAGCAGGGCAGAGGCUCUCAGCUUGGCCCACUGCUAUGUCAACUAUACGAGCACGAUGCGAGGAAUCAGCCUCGGCAUCAUCCCGGCAUCGGAGAGGGAAAAGGCGUCCAACAAGGUGGGCCCCAACCAGCCCCACUUUGAGCUGAUGGGCGUCAAGAUCCCCGUCAUGCAGAUGGCGGACGGAACCUACCGCGGCAUCAGCGGUGGCGAGGUCGUUGGGCCAGAAAAGGCGUUCAACUACAUGAGACGCUCCAUGGCCCAGACGCUCUCUAGCGUCAUAGGCGCGCUGACCCUUCUCGCAGACAGCUACAUCGAUCCUCCACCCAAGAUGGAAGCGAAGGACGAGAGCGAGCCGCUUGAUGCCAAGACCGAGCACCCCGAUGGCACCUUGCCAGCGAGCACCGGACCGCCACCAUACGGCGCCGAGUACCUCAACACGUGUGGGUACGACCUCUACGCCGACUUCCGGCCCUCGACGUCGGGAGAGUGGGGCAAAAAGGGUCGGCUCUGGUACGACAAGAUCCUCGCCCUCCGUCGCGGUCACGAAGCGGAUCUGGCGGAAUGGAGGGUCAAAGAGGAGCGGCUCGAAGGUGGGGGGCCAAUAGAAGAAGAGUGGAGCGAGGACAUCGAACGCCUCGUCCAGGAGGAGCUCAAGAAGGAGGACCAGACGCAGACGGACCACCCGGUCAAGCUCGAGGCGCCCGGGGCCAAGAGCGAGACUAUGGACAAGCAGGAGACGUAG